UGGAACACUACAAGCAGCAAACAACCCACAAUGCAGGACAAGCCUCUCUCAGCACAAAGGAUCACCGAAGAGCGUGCGUUCAUAAAGCGCUAUACAGAAAGUCUCGCAGACUACACCGUCCAGUACCCUGCCGACUUUUCCGCACCCCUUCAUGAAAGGCCCAGAAAGGUACCAGCCAUCGCUAUCCCAGUCGCAGACCCUCCCUCGGCAGAUGCCAUGGAUGUGGAUUCACCAUCCAAAGACACCGUCAUCUCUCUCACCGUCAAAUCACUCAAACCAUCUCUCACCAUCCCCGUUACCGCCCAGCUCACAGACACUGUCUCUGACCUCAAGACCAUCAUUUCUAAAUCAUCUGCCUCAGCACCUGCUCCAGAUGCUCAGCGUCUCUUGCUGAAAGGCAAAGCUCUAACAGACACCAAGCUCUUGAAAGAGUAUGCAUUAGAGUCUGGCGCUACUGUCCAUCUCAUCAUCAAAGCUCCUUCCGCCACUCCUUCCUCCGCACCCACACCAUCCAUUUCCACAUCAGAUGCCACCAUCCCCCCUCCAUCGUCAGUCGCUCCUCACCCUCCUGCAUUGACCAUCACCACCUCAGUCGACGAAUCUUCCGAGGCUGGUACCUCUAUGCCACUCACCCUCGCAGAUCAGGUUGCUCCCCCACUCGGUCCUCAACCAGAAGUGUCUUCAGCAACCUUCCACCAUACUAUUUCCGAUCCUACUUUCUGGCAAAAGAUACAUGCCUUGUGUGUCAGCGAAUUUGAUAACGAGCAAGAAGCCAAUUCAGCCUGGGAGACGUUUUUGGUCAGCAUGAAGGGCGGACUGAGUGCCGGUGAAGCUGCUAAAAUCAGAGAUGUAGUUGGUGUCUGGGGCAUGGGAGGACAGUGAACGAUUAGAUGACAUGCUUUGUACUGUACCUGUAUAACCAUGUGUUCGUGCUAAGAUAUGACAUUUGUUACAGAUGAUGCGAUUCAGAAAAGAACAACUCGUUAUGGCUUCUUGACACCCCCAAUCCAAACCGCCUUCAUCUCUCGAAUCUCAUUCCCCUCUUCAACUCUUACGAUAUCCUCUUCCUCCACGCUGACGCUGUUCACCCACUUUCUCAACUCUUCAAUCUUUUCCUUGUCCACUCCGUAUUGUUUAUACAAUGGCGCAGGAUCGGAUCCAGGUGGCAGGGUUUUGAGGCCAUCAAGCAAUGACGCAAGGAAAGGGAAAGUAAGAUGGCCAGGGGGCGCAAUUUGGGAAGAAGAUGUAAAUUCGUCCUUGCGUGACUGUAAUGUUCGUUGUGCCGCUGCGGGCUGUUAUCCCGAU